ACAGCUAGACUGUAGAACUACGCACCGAAUUUGGCUACCUUUUUUCCAGCACCUGUUGGGGCAUGCCCUUAGAUUUUCAGACAUUUCAUCUGAAGACAAAAACUUACCGGUGUUUGUAUAGUCUUAAAAAGACAAUCCUGUUCCUCAGCGCUUAAAAUUCCAACCAAAACAAUAGCGGCCCCACAUCGCCCUAAACCCUGUUACAACUGCUACAGUUGCAAAUGUUACCUACUUGAGGAGUCUUUCACCUCCUUUUGUUUCGUCUUUAAGUCCUUCUUUCAACGCCGGCGCAGCGCUUUGAUCUGAGCCACGUCCGAAAGGAAUCUAGUGGACUAACACAACAGUGUUUAAUAACCACAGAAUGGAGCUAUGAUUAAAAGGCAGCCCGGCGAUUUCGUGACAAACGUAAGAUAAACACCUGAAGAUUGGGUUGAAGACGCCGCCCGGGACAGGUAGGCGGUGUGCGGAGGUGUCUAGAAGGUUGAUUAGUCAUUGUCGCACCGUCGCACGACUCAAAAGACGACCGGACGGCGGACAAAGAACCGCAUCGCCGAAACUCGACUUCCUACAAACAAUUUCUGCAUAUUCAUUGAUGCCCUAAUUAGGGCAAACGCUGGGGGACUGUCCAUUUUACAUCCCUACUGGAUCGUCGUAACCUCGGGAAAUACAGGACUAGUCCAUACAGCUGCGCACGCUUCGGUCACACUCAAGACGGCCCAGCACGUACAAGCAGACACCCCAAGAAAACUUGCCAGAUUCCUUGAGACUUUUUCGUAGCCAGGCGUACCCGGAUUGUUCCAGCUGACGGCGGGGACACCAUACGAGCCCGACUGGGAGAAGUUGUUGGCCAUUUUGUAGUCGGCUGUGCUCGGCCAAGCAGACUGGCCCGACCGAGAUCGUGUUACAGUCGAGAAGAGGCUUUCACAAGUGUUACUGUGUGUUUGGGAGAGGGCACAGCGCUUCGGAACGAGGUGAGGAAAACUCGUGGACUUUCUGUGGAAUAAUUUGAAUGGGUGCGGGACUACAAUAGAGAGAGGAGUGCGCCAGGGAUUCUAGUUCUUCACUUCACGCGAGGCCAGCUGUGCUCUUGUUACUGACUGUCUCGCUCGUGCACUUUUGUGUGUGGGUGCAGCCAGCCCUUUUUGUGUUGUGUACAGUCAGAGUGACUGUGCUGUAUAUAACGUGUACGGCGGGGAGGCCACAAGGAGUAAAUAUGGCCCAGCAGCAGCAGCAAUUCGCGUACAAUCCGGUGAGGCCCGGUGGGGGGAGAGUGCCCAUGCAGCCAGGCGGGUUCGUGCAGCAUCCUUCUCGGGGGCAGAUGCACGCCAUGCCGCCGGCACAACAGCAGCAGCCCGGUCGACCCAUGCAGACGAUGCAGCGUCCCCCCAACCGUCCACUACAGCAGCAACAACGCCAACAGCACCCACAACGGCAGGGGACUGUCAUGCACUACGGACAGGGGAUGCAGCCCCACCCCACGGGCAUGAACCCCCACCCCACGGGACGACAGGGUGCAGGGAUCCGACCGAGCUACGUCCCCCAACAGCAGCCCAUGCCUCAACAACAGGGACAACAUAGUAUACAGAUUCAGCGUGUGCCGAACACUCUUCACAUGCAGCCCGGGCUGAGCAUGGCAAAUACACGGAGACUAUCCCACGAUCCGGAAUCUCCCACGACAAGAGACAUCCCCUCACCCCAUCUUAGAGGAGGAUUUCCCCCGUCUUCCCCCUCCUUGGCCGACCUUGGCCACAUAGACUUGAACAACAGACCUCCUCAAGUGCAACUCGGGGACCACAACAUGCCCGUGUCAAGGCCACAGAUGAUGCCCCAGGACAUACAGAACAGGGGGCAUGUCAUGAGGACAAAUAUGAACGAUUUUCACAGCAUAAACCCCAAACUACAACAGGAUAACCACAACGGGAUGUUGCUACGGGUGGACACCAAUGGACUUCACCGGGUCGCACCGGGCAAUGGCUACGGGAUGCACAUGAACGGAGACCCGAGGAGCAAGACACAAGUACAAGUACCGCCCUUCCUACACGGGCUGUCGGACUUGGACAUGAUCGACGAGGAUAUCCUAGCCCGGUUGAUUAUAGAGUUGGGGUUGGACAGAAUGCGGGAACUUCCCGAGCUAUGGUUGUCACACAACGAGCUGGAGAUGGACAUCUGCAGACAGCUGCCGCCACAGAGAGCAGUCAGAUGCUGACACCACCGAACUCUGUAAAUGGAGAGAAAUAAGAUGUUUUAGUUGCGGGGCAGCGGGUUAGAAACACGGACUGAUCUUCCCCCGACUCGCCCCCAGGCCAGGCUUUGUGUCCGAGGUAUGUUUUAUUAAGACUCGUAACAGGCCAGCUUUUGUUCCCGAAAAUAUUUUCUCUUUGUGAAGGGACCAUUUUCUGUCCACUGGUCGCUCGCCCUGUGUCAGCUGUUUCCCCCUUUUGUUCGAGUGAAACGGGUGGUGUGGGUUCGGCCUAGAUUUCAAGAAUCUAAGACAAUUUUCUUAAAUAUCUGAAGAAAGUCUUAAGUUCCCCACAAACGAAAGACUUGAGAUGUUGAGUAUGUGUGAAAGCAAUGAAAGGAAGUCCUUGCUGCUACAGUCUCGGUUUCAGUGACACCAGGGUUUGUUUACGUCUAGUGGCAUGUGGAUAUGACCUCAUAAUCGGUGGCACUCCGCCAAAACCACCUCCAGAAAUGACCCCAGCUCCCAGAACAAGAACUGUUAAUUAGUUAAUUUAAUUAAUGAAGAAUCUGCUUGUCUUGAAUAUUUGUGAGGAGUGUAGCUAGGUUUAGAUAUGAUUUUCCUGCGUGCUGUAGUUUAAAGAAGUGGAACAAAAGAUCAGGUCAGGUGGUGAGGGGUCAGGGGAGACAAUAGACCCAUUGUUCCCCAAUAGAACCUUUCAAUGUCACCCUUUUGGGACAGAUGGAGGAAGGUCACGUGUCGUCAAGGACAAAAGGCUUUCUGGAACAAACGGCCACUUUGUGAUGUUCUUUCUGCCAUAAUUUAAUUGUUUAUAUGAAGUUUUUCUUUAGUAAUGUGAAUAUAAACAUUGUAUUGUAGUUUCUUUAUUUUCCUGCAGUGACUAAAAGCUGUUGCCUUGAAAAAUUCCAAAUCUAGAUAAGAAUAAUAUGAAUUUUGUGGUAUGUAAAAAGCCUUCCAUGAUUGAGAUGUUCCAAACAGAAUUGUGAAUACAAACACAAUAUUUAUACUUCCAUAUCCUCAGCCGUGACAAAAAGCCAUUAUUUAAAAAAAAUUCCUUCUGUAGAUAAAAUAAUGUUAGAAUGUGUGGUAUGUGAAAAAAACUGGCUUGCUACAAACAAAAAGGCGAUAUCUCUUUCACAUCCCUGUUAGCAAAUAUAGCAUAAUGUUAUUGAAUUAUUGGAGCACAAAUGACUGUAUGUCCCUACAACAAAUGAUACCCUCCAAGGAAUAGGUUAUGGUGUUAUUUCGCAGUAUAAGUUAUUCAGCUUGCACUUUGGGGAGAUGACAUAAUACUUAACUCAUGCUGACUUCUUUGUCAACAGAAAUUUGGUUAUUUUUUGCUGAAUAGAAUUGUACAGAUCAUGUGUUGUAAUAAUGGCAUUGUUAUGCCCCUCUGCCCACCAAACCUGCUAUAUUUUAUACUCCCUAUUUAAUGUGUCUAAAUUAUUGGAGAAGGCAGCUAGUUUGGAGCGGAGUUUUGGGAGGAGAAUCUGUGUGUAUAAUUCAAAGAGUUGUUAUUCUGUGUUAAAUCCCCCCUUAGAACAGGAUGCCCAUGUUUGAAUAAGGGGAUUAUUCUCCGGGCUUUGUUGCGAGUGAUGAUCGGUUUUCGCACAAACACACGGAAUGUGAGAAUUGUCGCACAAACGCAAGCGAGGCUCGAAUAAGCCACUCGAUAAUUUAUUGGCGGACAGAUUUACUCUUUAUCUGUGCCUUCUGUAAUAUUCAUAGUCCCAGACUUGUACAUGUGAUCGUGUAUGAAUAAAUCAUUCGCUCCAAACAAGGGUUAGAAAUUGUGGAUUAGACGAAGAGAAAACGCCUACAACUUAUCAACGGAUGUCCCUUGUAGGAUUUGCUUGGAAAAAUUAUGACUGCCUUAUACAUGUGUAACUCCGGUUUAAGAUGCCAUCUGGACGACUGCAGUACUGGAUGGAAACACACUGCAUAGCAUUCCUAAAAUAACUCUGAUGCGAUUUUAAGUAGACAUUUUGUGUGUUUUAGAACAUCCUGUCCUGCUGAAGCAGUUUUUAAAUGGGUGCCAUGGGCCUCAUGGCAGUGGGCUAUGCAUAAUGUAUUGUCAAGAAACUGAGAGGAAAAUGUGUGAAUUUUUCAUUGUCAGAUCCUGUUGUGCCAGCUGUGCUCAUGUUAUAUUUUGGCAGGUCGCCAAAGCAAGGUGACAAAAGUCACAUGUGAGAGAGACUUGUGAGGGAUUUUCGAGGAAUGGAAACAGUUUUGUACGGUAAUAAUGCUAUCAUUGAUAUCACUGGGAAGAAGAGUGAAUUUUGCAAUUUGAAAAUGACGACUGAGAAUUCAUUUUGUACAAUAAAGCAGUACAAUCAGUGAAUUUCAA